UGUCGGCACUUGCGCGAUGCAAAAAUUCAUUUGUAAUUAAGGGUAGUUUCAUGUGUUGAGUGCAUUUAUAACGUGGUAUCGCUAUGUUUCUGAAGCCUCUGCGUCUGGAUAUCAAGAGGAAGCUGACGGCGCGGUCGGACCGAGUGAAAUGCGUCGACCAGCACCCGUCGGAACCCUGGCUGCUCUGCUCCCUGUAUUCAGGAGACGUUAACAUAUGGAAUUAUGAGACUCACGCUCAAAUUAAGAGAUUUGAGGUAUGUGAUCUCCCGGUGAGAUCAGCAAAGUUUGUUCCCCGGAAGAACUGGGUGAUAACUGGCUCAGAUGACAUGCAGAUACGUGUAUUCAACUACAACACCCUGGAGAGGGUUCACUCAUUUGAAGCACAUUCGGAUUAUGUGCGAUGCAUAGCCGUUCAUCCCACACAACCGUACAUAUUGACUUGCAGUGAUGAUCUCCUAAUCAAAUUGUGGAACUGGGACCGUAAUUGGACAUGUCAGCAAGUAUUCGAAGGGCAUACGCAUUACGUAAUGCAGAUCGUUAUCAACCCGAAGGAUAACAAUACCUUCGCAAGCGCAAGUCUCGACACUACUGUGAAGGUUUGGCAACUUGGUGCUUCUAUAUCGAACUUCACUUUAGAAGGUCACGAGAAAGGCGUCAACUGCGUGGACUAUUAUCAUGGCGGUGACAAGCCCUACCUCAUCAGUGGAGCUGAUGACAGGCUCGUCAAAAUAUGGGAUUACCAAAAUAAGACAUGUGUACAAACAUUGGAAGGUCAUGUUCAGAAUGUAUCAGCAGUAUCAUUCCACCCCGAGCUUCCGAUCCUGCUAACCGGUUCUGAAGACGGCACCCUCAGAAUAUGGCACGCAGGCACCUACAGGCUCAAGUCUUCCCUAAAUUAUGGUUUCGAAAGAGUAUGGACGAUAUCCACCAUGCACGGUUCGAACAACGUCGCUGUAGGGUAUGACGAAGGUACGAUAAUGAUAAAAGUGGGCAGAGAAGAGCCUGCUAUAUCUAUGGACGUGAACGGAGGAAAGAUUAUCUGUGCUAAGCACUCUGAAUUGCAGCAGGUCAACUUGAAGGCUCUCCCUGAAGGCACAGAAAUAAAGGACGGAGAGCGUGUACCAGUCGUUGCUAAAGACAUGGGCUCCUGCGAGAUAUACCCACAAACGAUAGCCCACAAUCCGAACGGUAGAUUCGUGGUGGUGUGCGGUGAUGGUGAGUUCAUCAUAUACACCGCGAUGGCUCUGAGGAACAAGGCGUUCGGGACGGCCCAGGAGUUUGUAUGGGCAUUCGACAGCUCAGAGUAUGCGACUCUAGAGAAUUCAUCUUCAGUUAAAGUCUUCAAGAAUUUCAAGGAGAGAAAAAGCUUCAAGCCCGAGUACGGUGCUGAAGUGUUUUGUUCAGGUAUAUUCGGAGGUUACAUGCUCGGCGUGAAGUCUAUCAGCGGAGUAGCAUUCUCGUUCUACGAUUGGGAACAUUUGGAACUGGUCAGACGUAUUGAGAUUCAGCCUCGUCACGUGUUUUGGUCUGAAAGCGGGAACCUUGUGUGUUUGGCUACCGAUGAAACUUACUUCAUCCUGAAGUACAACGCUGCCGUGGUGACCAGAGCAAGGGAGACUAAUACCGACAUUACUGAGGAUGGAAUUGAAGAUGCGUUUGAGGUAGUUGGUGAAGUCAACGAAACAGUGAAGACAGGCAUAUGGGUCGGAGAUUGCUUCAUAUAUACCAACACACUGAACAGGAUAAACUACUACGUCGGCGGUGAGAUUGUAACGGUUGCGCAUCUCGACCACACUAUGUACAUACUGGGAUACGUUGCUAAGGAGAACAGAUUAUACCUAAACGACAAAGAGUUAAACAUUGUUUCUUAUUCAUUACUACUAUCUGUGCUGGAGUACCAGACAGCAGUGAUGCGGGGCGAUUUUGAGACUGCCGAUCGUGUCCUACCCACAAUUCCUACCGAGCAUCGAACAAGGGUCGCACAUUUCUUAGAAAAGCAGGGAUUCAAACAACAAGCCCUAGCGGUUUCCACGGAGCCGGAUCACCAGUUCGAGCUGGCGUUAGCGUUGGGAGAACUGGAGCGAGCCAAGCAGCUGGCUGAGGAGGCAGGCCUGGCAGAAGGUGUGGCGUCCAGGUCCUCUGCUGCCAGGUGGUCAAGAUUGGGUUCCGCCGCCGCUGCUGCAGCCCAAACUGAACUUACCAAAACUUGUUACCACAAUGCGCACGAUUACAGUGCGUUACUACUCUUUGCCGUUAGCACUGGCGACAAGCCACUGCUACAGGAAGUGGCACGAAUGUCCAGUGAAUCUGGAGACGAUAACAUCGCGUUCGUAGCUCACUUCACACUGAACGACCUGGACCGCUGUCUUGAGCUUCUCAUAUCCAGAAAUAAGCUGCCCGAAGCCGCAUUCUUUGCCAGAUCAUACAUUCCGUCUAAAAUAUGCGAAGUGGUGAAGAUGUGGCGCGAAUCAGUUGGUGCCACGAACAAGAAAUCCGGUCAGUCAUUAGCCGACCCGGUCAACUAUGAGAAUCUGUUUCCGGAAUACAAUGAAUCGUUAGAGCUCGAAUACUUCCAACGCGAAUUCGGUUACGAACAGAGCACCGCCAUGGAGGCCGUCGAGCCGAAUUCAAAGAUCACGAAUACGGAACGAGACAUCGCCGCGGAAUACGCCGAAGCGAAACGACGAGGGCCCCUCAACAUACCGCCGCUACUCAAUCACAAUCAAAUACAAGAUUCUGAAGGGGACAGCAGAGAGGAUGCGACAAAUGGGAACACGACGAGCGAAAGUCAACAGAAACGUAAAAUUUCAAUCGACAUCAUGGAGGAGAUAGAACGGGAAUUCGGUGAAAUCGAAUUCGAAAACCACGUCGAUAACGAUGACCUCUCGGACGUAGAAGACUUAAUCGGCUAAUGUACGGACAUACUUUAGGUUGUAGUUAUUCCUGUUUUAUAUUUUAUUUUUAAUUAAUUAUUAAAACUAUAAAUUGUAAUCUUAAAAGAAGAAAACAAAACAAAAAGCGUAUGUAUUUCAUAAAGUGCUAAUACAGUUUAAGAUUAAAGUAUUAUGUGAAUUGAAGUGUUUCUAUUAUUUAUAAAGUUAUACGAAGUUUUGGGCAGUGACAGUGUAAAGGAGCUCAGCCGCGCUCAGUGUGCUCAGUGCGAGUUUUUGAACGUUCUCGAUAGCGUAAAAGUUAACUCAAGUUUGUAUGGAGUUGGAACAGCGCCCCUGGCGGCAAACGUAGGAAAACUUUCGAACUGCAUACAAAUUUGCGUUAACUUUUACGCUAUCGAGAACGUUAAAAAAACUCGCACUAAACACACAGUUGUCCGCCAACGAUACGUUAAAUGUGCUGUUUGUUUUCUUAAGUAUUCCUUGAGGCGCUGCUUAAACGAAAUUUGAAAUACAUUUUGUACCAACUCAUAUCGACUUAAAGUUGAAAAUCGCAUGCCAUUUCGAAUAGUAUAUAAAAUGGUUGUUUGAAUCUUAAACUUUCGUUAGAUGUAUAUUGUUGCCACUGAAAACAUUUGGGUAAUUUGAGGCCUAAUUCAUAAUCGGUUAUCGUAUCUGUAUAGCCCGCUCGUUAUAAGAACAGUUAAUAAACAGUUGAUUGGUUUAAAUGAACUUUUACCGAUUCACGCAUUAGAUAAACAUUUUGUUAUGAAUAAGAUCGUAAGUGUUGGAUAUGUGUAUUAUUUUAAAGCAAGAACAAUAAAUUUCGUAAUUAUAUUACUUAUUUUUUUAUCCACUUAUUUUUUUUCCACAAUAAACUUCUUUCUGUUUAGGUAUCUCAUAGUAUGUAUGUAUGUAGACUAAUCACAAAUAUUGCAUACGUUCAUUUUGUGUUAAAACACCUCAUAAUUAUAUAAAAUUGGGUUGUUACGUCAAAGACCUAUGCCCCACCUUCCAUAUUAUGUCUGUUGUGAUCAUCAAUUUUAAUAAUCGACCAUUCAUCAAUUUUCUAUUUACGCAACUAAAUAUUUCUAUUUAUAUAAAAUAAUGUUGUUUAGGUAAUUAUGUUAAUGAAUGUUUAGAAUCUGUCCUUCAUUUAUACGUUUUUGUUUUUUCUUGGUAAUCAAAAAUGUAAUUUAGGCUGUUUAGCCCGUAUUACAUUUACCAGUGGAGUUGCUACUCUCAUUGCCGAUGUCCACGGGCGACGGUAGUCAUCGACGAACGCUGUUCCCCUGCCUUUGAAAAGCAAUAAAAGUCACGUCAAAUUAAUAUACCUUUAAAAAUAGUUAUAAGUAAUCGCCUUCAUUUUUACAUCUGUUUUAAAUAAUCUAUAGUCUAUGUAUAACAAACUUUAUUCAGAGAGAUAUAUAGAUAGUAAUAGACAAUGAUAGACAAUGAUAAUACCGCCCAAUGUAAACUUUUCUAUGCUGUGCAGUUUUAUAUCAAUGUAUUCGUAUACAAUAAACGAUUUUCAACUUUACUGUAAUAAUCAUUUUUAAUUUCAUUAUGUUUAGAAUUCGUAAGUAUGUACUUAAGGAUUCCGUUUAUUAUUUGGGUAAAAAAUAAUAAUAAAGUA